AUGACAUACGGACCCGUGUUCUACACUCACCGCAGUGGUGCGAUGAGCGGUCAACAUUUGGCAGAUGGUGCGGUCGACACCAGCAAUGGUGGAAAUCAUAGUCCAGUUGAAUCUAAAUCGCCUACGUCAAUUGAAAAACAACACAGCUACGAGCAAAUCGACCAUGCUCAUUUUUUAGCCAAUGACAUCGGCACACUUUAUCUCAAUGACAGGUUUUCUGAUGUUGUGUUGAUAGUGAAUGGUGAACGUUUCCAUGCUCACAGAGUGGUGUUGGCUUCUAGAAGCGAUUAUUUUAGAGCGUUGCUGUAUGGUGGUCUCAAAGAAUCUCAUCAAGCAGAAGUGGAAAUCACCGAAGCUUCGGUAAAUUCAUUUAAAAAACUUCUUGAAUACAUUUACUCGGGACGCAUGAACUUAAGUAUAUUAAAGGAUGAAGUAAUUUUAGAAAUAUUUAGUCUUUCCAAUUUAUUUGGUUUCACCAAUUUGGAACUGUCGUUGUGCAAGUAUUUACGCAGUAAUAUCAAUGUUUAUAAUGUGUGCUCCAUGUUUGCUGCAGCACGUUUAUAUCAGCAUAAAGAGUUAGUUACUGAAGCGUUGAAUUUUACUGACUACCAUGCAUUGGAAGUACUUCAAUCUGAAGCUUUUUUAUCUCUUUCUUCCGAAGCACUUCAAGAAGUACUUAAUAGAGAUUCAUUGUACGCUUACGAAUUGGAUAUAUUUCGUGCAGUUUGUCGUUGGAUUAAGGCAAAUCAAGAUGAUGAAGACCCCGAGGUUAAAAUUAAAGUUUUGUCUGCCGUCAGAUAUCCCUUGAUGAGUCUGGAUGAAUUGCUUUCCGUUGUGAGGGAAUCGCAACUUGUAAGUUCUGACAACAUUUUGGAUGCCAUACAACUACGAAAUACAUUACCUUCACAUAAACUCAAAUUUAGAGGACAGCUAAAACCUAAUUUAAAUAUUGCUCAUCCUUCACAAGGCGCUCAGGUAAUGCAAGGAGAAAUGCGUUCAGCGUUAUUAGAAUCUGAUUCUAGUGGUCAUGAUCAUGAGCGGGGCUGUACUAGGCAUUUAAUUAAUGAAAGUGACAGCGGUAUUAUGAUAAAGCUUGGUCAUCCUUCAAUCAUUAAUUAUAUAAAAAUGCAACUAUGGGAUAAGGAUCUUAGGUCCUAUUCUUAUUACAUCGAAGUGUCAAUGGAUCAGCAUGAUUGGGUGCGUGCUAUUGAUCAUUCAAAUUAUUAUUGUCGAUCAACACAACGUUUGUGGAUACAUCCUCGGGUAGUGCAAUACAUUCGUAUUGUGGGUACCAAUAACACUGUUAAUAAAUGUUUCCAUACAGUUUCAAUGGAAAUAAUGUACAAUUCCGAAGAAAUGCAUUUAGUAGAUAUUGAAAAAGGAUUAGUAGUGCCAAAAUAUAAUGUUGCCACAAUGGCCAUGAAUGCUAUUGUGAUUGAUGGAGUGAGUCGUUGUCGAAAUUCACUAUUGGAUGGUAACUGUAAAGAUUAUGACUGGGAUUGCGGUUACACAUGCCAUCAAUUGGGUUCUGGAUGUAUACUUGUACAACUUGGUCAACCAUAUAUGCUUAGUUCAAUGAGAAUGCUACUUUGGGAUUGUGACGAUCGCUAUUAUAGUUACUAUGUUGAAGUAUCAGUUAACAUGUGGGAUUGGGAAUUGAUUGUUGACAAAUCAAAAGAGCUUGUUCGAUCUUGGCAACUUUUGCAGUUCAACUCUCGGCCCGUUGUAUUUAUUCGUAUAACUGGUACUUAUAAUUCAGCGAAUGAGGUGUUCCACUGUGUUCAUCUAGAGGCACCGGCUCAAGUUCCAUUAGACUUAAAUACAGUUGAAGUCGAACAGGAAAUUUCAAAUUUACAAGUAACAAAAAAAUUAGACAACAACGAAUCGGAUGAGCCUGAGUCGAUGGAAACACCACCAACCACAGCAGCAGAAACAUCAACAGCUGCAACAGACUGCCUGACCGUUUAA